AGAAGCAGGCUCCCAGUGGAGCAGGGAGCCCGAUGCGGGGCUUGAUCCCAGGACCCUGGGAUCACUCCUUGAGUUGAAGGCAGAUGCUUAAUGACUGAGCCACCCAGGCGCCCCAGAGGAAUCCUUGUCUUAAAGCCACAUUUGUCUUGCUUUCUUUGGAAAACUUCUCAGAGAAAAGAGCAUUAACUGGGAGUUGGGAGAUAUGGGAUUAAACUGGGCUGGUUGUCCUACUUCCCAACCCCAGGUUCUUCACGUAUAGUAAGAGGGUGUUGGGUCAGUGAUCACUAUGGUUCCAAGGAGUUCAGUGUUGUAUAGUCUGUACUUCUCUAAGAAUCUAGAGUUCUAAUGUCCUACAGCAUUGAGGUGCAGACUAUCAAGGCCCUAGAUGCCGAUGGUCGGUGGCAGGUUGGUGGGAAAGUGUCAUCUUAGAGGGAUGGGACUUGGCUGUGCCCAGGCUAGUCAAAGGUACCUCUUAGGCGUGUAGAGGGGAGGCAGGCUGGCUUUCCUGUGCUGGGUGCCGGCCUCAAGGAACCUUAGACCUAUAGGGGGACCCAGUCAGGGUCUGUCACAUGUGGUGUUGCCUUGAGUCAGCCUGCACUUAGCUGCUGACUUGGGUGGGUGAUUGCUUGUGCCCAGAAGGUGGUAAAGAAUGCUGUCUUCAUAGGUUCUUCGUGGGGUGGUAGAAAGAGUGUGGUGAUAGACUGACUCCGUUUCAAGUCCUGGCUUGGCCUUUGAGUGGAGAAGGCGUCUUUCCCUGUGUAACGUGAGGGAAGGAAGAGAUGCGGGCAGGCGCGGGUAGAUCUGUAGUUGUUGGGAAGGGAAUGAGGAGGUCGCCUCUGAUGGCUUCUGUUUUUUUCCCCAUCAAAUGUGAUGUAGAAGUGGGGGUGGGAGCUUUGGGGAAAGUGGGUUUAGAAUGACAGCACCUUCGUGGACAGAGGGUGAGGACACUAUCCAAAGACACAUGACCCCUAAGAUUUCUGGGUCAUGCACAGGGUCCAUUCAAGGCUGGCUGAUGUGAAUUUGUGGUUCUACCAGGCUUCUCCGUAGGCUCCUUCUUUCCUAGCAACAUUCAGCUCAGGUACACAUGGGAGUUGUGUUCAUCCAGGGGGAGUGUGACCAGAAGACGAGGCAGGGGAGAGCAUUAGAAAGCAUGUAAUGAAUUAUGGAACCUAAGCUGGACAGGGAGAGAAACGGAGAUGGAAAAAAGCUGAGUGGCCACGUUACUGGAUAUCUGUUCCAAACAGGGGGUAGAAUAAUUACAAUAGAGGCACUAGAACCAGCGAGCUGGAGAGAGAUGGGACCGGGAGGAGAGAUGUAAACCAAUAUAAAAACAGGUUCAUGUCUGUUCUAUGUAAAGAGCAAAUAACAUCUCUUCCCAGAGUUCCGGAGUUCUGGGAAAUUGGGGACAAUCACAGAGAUGGAGGAAAUGCAGCUAAAGUGCGGAGAAGGAAAAGCUCACCCUUGUUCUGUGGGCCCGGAGGUGGGCCUACUUGCACAGGUGACAGCAUUGUCCUGCCAGACUUGGGGAGCACCCCACCUGGCUCCGGGCUUGGGGAACUCUGCCCCUGAGAAGAUCUCAUCCAGGAGCUGGAUUUAAGGGCUAUAAAUACCUUCCUAAGUCCUCACUAGGCACCUGCCAGAUGCUUUGCUCCCAAGGAAAUGCAUAUGACCCUUGAGAUGCUUAAGCUCUAUUCAGAAGCCAAGACCAGAUGCCUAGUUGUUUGAGGCCAAGAUUGAGCCCCCCUGCCUUUGUUUAUUCAGCAGAUCUCUGUGGAGCCUUAAAGGGACUCAACCUAAUGUUUGAGGAAGGGAGCAUCCUGAUGUCAGAAGCCCUGGGUGUGUGUUAGUGCCAGCACAAGUCGAGGUUUCUGCUGGCUAUGACUUGGUGACCCUGUGAUUCUGAGUACAACUAGAGUAUGUGGGCACAGAGGGGUGGGAGCCUGGGUUCUGCUUUUGGGGAGCUUCUAGUGUGGUUGAUGGGCUGGGAUUUGUACUUGGGGAACUGUGCAUGAGAGCAGCCCAGGUCUGCAGGAGGUCAGAGGGAUGGGACAUGAAUAAGGCUGCAGUAGUGAAGGAAGGCUUCGUGGAGGAAGUGGCAUUGUAGUUGUCUAAGAAAUGAAUUAGAUAAAGACUGAGAUCCCAGCCACUGCUGCCUGCCCCAUUUUAGAGCAGGGCAGAUGGUACAACAGCUUGAAGAGAUGUUUCUACAAGGCCUUUUUCUUUCCACUUUUUAUGCCCCUUGCAAGAGAAGAUAUAAGGGUUUCCUGUGCCUUGGGUUUGGUGAUACUGUGAGUCUGGGAGGGCCAGAGUCUGAGGCCAUUCUAGUAAGGAGAGGAGCAUUUCUACCCCCUGGAGGCUCUUAGCCCUUCAGUGGGGCUUGUUGGACUGAGGCUCUGGGUUCCUGCUCUGGAGACUCUCUGUUCUCUGGAUUUCUCAGAUCCCUAGGAGUGGGUGUGGGGAGGGGAACUGGUCUAAGCUCCCAGCUUUCUUUCUUACAGUCUGUACUCCUUCUGUGUGUGUAUGUAUGUAUGUCUCAUGUAUCUGUGUGUGUGUAUUCACUGAUGUGGGUUGUGGGUGCGAAUCUCUGUAAAUGUGGUUUUCAUGUAUGUUUGUGUGUAUCUACCUGUCUGUGCAUCGUUCUGUUUCCAUGUAUUUGUGGGUCUGUUGAAUUACGGGUGUGUUUGUCCAUGUCUGGUGCUCACAUGUCUCUGCAUGGGCCUGGGUGUCUGUGUGCAUGUCUGGUGUUUGUCUUUGUGCGUGCAUGUGCUUCUGGGUCUGCAGUGAACAGCGUCACGCUGGCCGUGAACCUGGUGGGCUGUCUCGCGUGGCUGAUCGGAGGCGGGGGAGCCACCAACUUUGGCCUCGCCUUUCUCUGGCUCAUCCUCUUCACACCCUGCUCCUACGUCUGCUGGUUUCGGCCCAUUUACAAGGCCUUCAAGACUGACAGCUCCUUCAGCUUCAUGGCCUUCUUCUUCACCUUCAUGGCCCAGCUGGUCAUCAGCAUCAUCCAGGCUGUGGGCAUCCCGGGCUGGGGCGUCUGCGGCUGGAUUGCUACCAUCUCCUUCUUCGGAACAAACGUUGGCUCAGCAGUGGUGAUGCUCAUUCCCACCGUCAUGUUUACGGUCGUGGCUGUGUUUUCCUUCAUCGCCCUCAGCAUGGUUCAUAAAUUCUACCGGGGCAGUGGGGGGAGUUUCAGCAAAGCUCAGGAGGAGUGGACCACGGGGGCAUGGAAGAACCCACACGUGCAGCAGGCGGCCCAGAAUGCAGCCAUGGGGGCGGCCCAGGGUGCCAUGAAUCAGCCCCAGACUCAGUAUUCCGCCACCCCCAACUACACAUACUCCAAUGAGAUGUGAGCCAGCCAAGCCUACCAGGAGGGCAGGGCUGAGGGUCUGUGGGAUGGGGACUCAAGCCACAUUGUCUGUUGUGGUGACCAAGCAGGGUUCCUCCCUCCCUUUUCUCCUCCCCAACUUUGUACAAAGAAUCAGAGUUAUAUAUAUAUAUAUAUAUAUGUAUAUGUCUCCCCCCUUCCCCUGCUCCUUUGGAUUCUGCUCUCAGUACUCUGAGAGCCGUGGGCUGCACGUGGAGCUGUCCCGUGCGGUGGUAGCUAUGUCCGUGUCCCCUCGUCAAAUAGUAUGCAGUGGAGGUCUCUGUCGUUGUGGUGCUAGAUGUAUGUUUAGAACUAAACCAGCCCCCACCCUCCACCAGGGUGCCCCCUCUGACCUUGGCCCAGGGACCCCUCAUGGACCAGGGGGAGACAUAGCAGAAAGCUUGGCCCCCUCCCCAGGGUUAUGAGCUGAAACUGUCUCCACUUUUGGUCUCACUGGGAAGCAACAGUAUUUAGCACUCAUGGGGGUGGUAGGUAGGAAGGUGGGGACAGGCCAGGGAUCUUCCUUUGCUCCUUCUGCUCUGGUCUCCUCCCACUCCCUCCCCUCCCUCCUCUCCUGGUGUCAGAUUCCCUGUGGCUUCUUUUCUUGCCCAGGGUCUCUCUCUUCCCCAUGUGACUUUUCUUUGUCUUCCCCAAGGCUGAGUGUCCCAGUUGUAUAUGCUCCUGAGACUGAGCCCGUUCCCAGAUCAAGGAAGUGGACAGGAGCUGAGCCUUAGGUGUGGUGCGGGAGGGCACACAGCUGGAGAUGCAUAGCCCACCUGGGUACUUCCAGGGAGGGGAAAUGCAGGGUCAUCUCAGAGCUUGGCCUGCAGGGGGGCGCUCCUCUCUUCUCUGCCCUGCUUCCCCUCCUCUUCCCAGAGCCCCCUUGAGCCCUCUGCCUAUGUCCAUCCCUGUACCCCCAGCUGCUAGCCUACCCCCAUCCCAUGCUAGGUGGCACCUGCCAUCUGUGAGGGCCGAUUCCACUGCCUUCUCUGAAGAGCUGGGUGGUGUCCAGGUAAUUUUCACGUAGAAAGGUACAACUGGAGUAGAGGGUAUGUAAAUAAUUACUGGUCCCUGAGUGAGAUCUGACUGGCCCAAGCCCACUGGGCAGGUACUAGGUAUCUCUGAAUGACCAUUUGACCCCUGGGAGUAGAUAGCUGUUCUGCUUGGGUCUGGUAGAGGGGCAGGCUCAGAGGGCUGGGCCUGGAGGGAAGAUCGGAGGAGAAGGCCGGCAGGGCCCAGUGAGAGGAGAGCCUGCCUCCUACCACUCCAGCUUGCUUUUAGUCACAGAGCAGUUCUGGGCACUUGAACUCAGGGCCCAGGAAGAAGCACAUGCCCAGUCCUAUCCAUAAGCACAAUGGCUGGAAUGGGAUUUCAGGUUAGGUGGGGUGGGAGGGGAAGCCCUCUGACUUUUUUUUUUUCCCCCCCCAAAUCAAGAUUACUUACUCCCUUCUGCCUAUUAGACUUGGUUUUUGGCCCUUCCUUACCCUGUCAGAACCCCCUUGCCCUUGCAGGAUAAUGAUUUAAGGCCUGUGGGGCUGUUCUAUUCCAAACAUUGUGAAAAUGUUGCUGGUAGAGCUCCUGGCUCUUUCUGAGGCCUGGAGGGAGUUGAUUCUCACCCAAGGAGCAACUGCCUGUUUUCCAUCCUCCCUUCUCCUGCCUGGGCUAUUUGGCCUGAAAAUUUUGGCCAGUCCAGCUUGGUCACUCUGGGCUGGCUCCAACUUGGAACCCAACACCUGGGCUUCUAGAUGCCAUCCUGAGCUUUGAGCUCCAGGCACUUCAUUUUCCUAUAAGGGGAGCCAAGGCCUCUGAAAAGUUCUCUUCCUAAUGGUCCCUUAUGCUUGGGCCAGAGUAUGAUUGACUCUCUGCUCUACCAUUUUCUCUCCAGAAAGCAGUUGUCACACCUGAAAAGAGACCCUAGGUCUAGGUUUUCUUCACCUUUCCUUUCCCCUACCCUAGACCUCUGGGUCCCUUUCUCUUUGUGUCUCUGGUAGCUCCAGGAGGCCUGUGGUAGCUCUCAUUCCUGUUGGAUGCCACCUGCAGUCAAUUUUCUAUCCUACCUGCCUCUCUUCUUUCCUGGCCCAGACCUAUAUGGCCGUGCCCUGGCUCUGUGCUUGGGAAGGCCUGCUACCUGUGUGUGACCCAGCUUGUCCAGGCCCUGGGAUGCUGCAUCUCCAGGCAACUAUGCACUUUCCUAGGGAGGGAACCAGUAUGAGAAGUGGGGGCUUGGAAUGACUUCAUCUCCGCUGGAUGGUCUGUCUUGGGGGUGUGGUGGAGGAAGGCCCAGGUUAUUUCUGGGAAUCCUCAGGUCUGGCCAGCCAGUGACCUGCUUUUGCAUUUUGCUGGUGCCUACUGCUCCUCCUUGUUUCUGGGAGACACAGACCGUUGUCGAGCUGGCAGUUGACCUGCCUGAGCUACUGUCUGUCUGUGGUAACUGAGUGAACCAUAAUAAAGGGGAACAUUUGGCCCUGUGUG